UUUUGGAGGCGUUGAUGGCAGACAGCCCCACUGCUGCCGCACCAGCCGCAAUUGCCGCCACCGACGCACUCACCAUCCGGUUUGGCCUUCUCCAUGCUGAUCUGUCUGCUUAAUGCAGCAGCCCUCCUGUCCGCCUUGGCGAGCGCCACCAGCGCCUUCCGAGCGCCAGCUGUGCCGCAGCCACUCUUUCGCUCGUCCGCCAAGAAGGUGCUGCUGAAAGCGGCACGCAGCGAGUCGGCACCUGCAGUGGCGACGACAUCCGAUGGCGUUGAUGUGAUGAUGGACAGGCGCCGGGAUGGCGCACACGAGAGGAAGACGGAGCGGCACUCUGGUGUUGAAGUUGAUGUCGAUGUCGAUGCCAGUGUGGCUGAUCGUGCCGUUCAGUCGCAUGGGUCAUUAUCGGCUGGCGGCAGUGGUCAUGGCGAUGGCGUGUCGAUAUGGGACGAGUGGCUACAGGUGUUCAAGCGGGAGGACAACAAGGAGUGGGACAUCGACUUGGUCAGUGGUCUGCACAGCGAUGGAUGGAUGGAUGGACAGCUGGAGAUUUCUCUCUCUCUCUAUCGUGUGUUGUGCCAGGUUGUGAAUACCUCUCUCGUGGCUGUGUUCUUCAUUGGAGCGCUGUGGAAGAUUAUUUCCAUCGAAAUGGACGCUUGGAGGGGUCAGACAGAAACAGCCACACACGAAGAUGACAGAAGGAAGAGUGACGCACCUCUCUGCGCUCGUGGAUGAAUGGAUGCAGGCUGGACAACGCUCGAGAUCGCCACUCGUGUGCUGCCGGCCAAUUGGGGCGCCUACCUAGGGGUGCUGGCUGCGAAACCAGUGCUCGUCAAGGUGGGUGCGGUGCCCAUCCAUCCACACACAGACAGGAGGAAUGCUCCAUGAACACAUGUGUGGCUCGCUGCAGGCACUGACGUCGGGGACGGCAUACACACUGGGGGACGGCAUAGCGCAGGUCAGACAUACAGACUGACUGACUGACAGACAUGUGUUGUGUGCAUCUUCCUACGUGCGACAUGGAUCUAUCAGAUCACCGAGGGCACGGGUCUGGGCGGCCUUGACCGUGCUCGUGUGGCGAGAAACGGCUUUGCCGGCCUCGUUGGACACGGGCCGCUCUCGCACUACUGGUGUGUAUGUGUAUGUGGGUGGGUGAAUGGAUGGAUGGACAAGUCUACGCACGCUGCACCGUGUCCGGUUGGUUAUGGAUUGGUUUAGGUACAUCUUGAGUGAAUCGUUCUUUGCGAGCAUCGGCAUCACGGCCUGGUGGGCCGUCUUCCCAAGUGAGCUGAGCGAGGAGGGAGGAGGAGGGCAUCCACGCCCGGCCAUCCAUCCAUCCAUCGAUCGUGAUCUGGCUGUGUGUGUUUCAGAACUGGUCGUCGACCUCACCCUGUGGGGCCCUUUCUUCUGCUCGAUAUACCUCGCCAUCAAUGGCUUCCUGGAAGGUAGGGAGGGAGGGAGGGAGGGAGGGAGGUCAGCCCGGCUGUGUGUGUGAGUGUGUGUGCGCGUGAUUCAGGCAAGAGGCCGGAGCAUGUGCUUGACGGCAUCCGCACCAACGUCAUCCCGCUGUGCAUUCAAGGCGCCAAGUUCUGGGGAAUCGGUGCGCCAGCCAGCAGAACACACAAACCACACACACACACUGGGAGAGACGGAAAGACCUGAACACACACAGACACACACGAGCCCCCUCUGUAUAUGUGUGUGCGUGUCAGUUGGCCUUGCGACGUACAGCGUGAUCCCCAUCGACCAGCGGCUCCUGUGGGUCGACCUCAUGGAGCUCUUCUGGGUGACGAUCCUCUCCACCACCUACAACAGGAAGGAGCAGAAAGAGGCCAAGGCUGACCUGGAGGAGGCUCUCGAGAGGGAGGAGCGCGAGGAAAUGCGCACCGAGUUCACAACCAGAUGAUAUGGUGAGUAU